AUGAAGCAAGUUCUGCCCAAUUGUGUUAACUAUUACAUGGUUAUUGCACUCAAAGAUAGCACGACCAUCCAGGGAGUUCUCAGAAACGUUGACGUGCAAAUGAAUAUGGUCCUGUCAGACGUCACUAUGAUCGACACAGAAAGCAAGUCAUCACACUAUCCCACAUACAGCCUUCAGGGAUCCCUUAUCUCCUCAAUUAGAAUUCCAGACCGUGCAAUCAAGGAAGCUGCCAGCAUUGCUGCAUCUCAGAGCAUGAACUCGUCGUCUGUCACCAACUCUCAGGGAUUACCAACUUCGCAAGUCUUAAGGGGACCAAAAGGUGACUAUAUAGAUGUGAUGGAUCUUUGA